AUGCUGACGUCAUCCGUUCCGCUCCGCCAUCCCCUUAUCGGUUCCAUCUCCGCGCGCAUCCCUUGCGCUGAUGCGAUCAGUGGCUUCAGGGCACUCAGAUUGCUGCCACGUGGCGCUGCGCCAUUCCACUCCGCCGCGCUCCCAGCCGCAGCAUCAGCCGGCGCGGAUCAGAAUGCGGGCAGCGGUGGCGGGGGAACGGGGGGAGGCGGAGCGGAGGGGGGAGGCGGAGGGGAGAGGCGGAAGGAGGAGGAUGGGGAGUGGCGGCAGUGGAUUCAGCAGGCGCUGUCAAAGGACGGGGAAGGGGGAGGCAAGGAGGGGCGUGAGCAGCAGGCACGCGCAGCAGUAGGUGGGUGGUCCGUCACACAGCACCUCCCCUCUGCCUCUGGCUAUUUCGAUGAGUUAGAGGCGUUGAUAGGGCCUGAUGAGGAGGAAGAGGAGGAGCAGAGGAACGGAGGGAGGAGAGGAGGGGAAGAGAGCAGGGGAGGGAUGAGAGUGGGAGGGGAGAGAGGGGAGAGAGGGGAGGGAGGGAGAGGGGAGGUGAAGGAGGAAGUGGAAGGGAGUUAUGGGAGAGGGGGGCGCGCAGGGGGAUUCGGAGGGCGGAGUGGAGGGGGGAGGAGCUGGGGAGAGGGGGAGGAGUGGGGGGGACGGGCAGGAGGAGGCGGGGAAGGGGCAAGGGGGAGGUAUGGGGGAGGGGGGGAAGGGGGAGGGCCAGCCGGAGGGGUGGGCAGCUGGGGGGGCGGGGGCGGGGGGAUGGGUGGGGGGCCAUGGCAGGGGGUGGCGGAGGUGGAGGCGGAGAUGGUGCUAUCUGACAGGGCGAUGAGAGCAGUGAGAGAGGUGGAUCUGGAGGAGGGCGAAGCUACCUUCCAGUUCCGCCCCGACCGCACGUACUACCCUGGGCAGACGUACUCCGCUGAGGAGUUGGACAUAUCCCAGCCCCUCCCUGACGGCCCGGGGGAAACGCGGCGCAAGCUGCCCACUCCCACCACCAAGGAGGCCCUGCGCGCUGCUGACUUCCGGAACGUGCGCUUCCUGUCACAAUUCAUCUCUGAAACUGGCAAGAUUAAACCCAGAAACAAGCCUGCUGCCUGUUUAUCGUCCUCACUCUCACUCCUUGUGGAUGCUUUGCCUCCACACUAUGCCAACAAGCGCACUCGCAUCUGUUCCACCUCCUCCACUCCUCAUGCCAUGCCGCCAUCUUUCACUCUCCCUAAACUGCGUGCCGUACCGUCCCUGCAGACUCGGCUGUCUGCCAAGGCGCAGCGUCGCGUGGCUCGGGAGAUCCGAACCGCCCGGGUGUUUGGGCUCAUGCCGUUCACGCAGGCAGGCCGACCGCCGUUUAGGUUCGGCAAGGACCCGAACCUGGAGUCAGGGGAGCCGGAGCAGGGAGAACUCGAGCUGGCAGCUGCUGUGGAGGAUGUGAAGGAGCUCAAGGCCAUGGCCGGGAGAUAG